AUGGCCGCUCCUGCCGCAGACGCUUCCAAGUCAUCCAAGCGACGCAAGGCUAAGAGCACCGACCCUACCACCGAAACUGCAAGCCAUGCUUCCGAUCCAGCUCCAUCUGCACCCGCUGUCAACGGCACCGACACUCCCACAGAAAGUCCCUAUGUCAGAGAACUCACCAAACAACUCCGCAACGCCAACAAGAAGCUCACAGGCAUAGCCAAGACCGAAUCCAUUAAAAUCAACAACGACCAGAAGGCCCAAAUCACCAACAAACCCAACCUCAAGGCUCAGAUUACACAGCUGGAAGAGCAAUUGUCCGCCUACAAGUCCUUUGGCCUAGAGCUCGAAGACCGUCACAGCCGCGACAAGGCUGCACUCGUUGAGUCACACGAGUCUGAGAUCGCUCAUUUGAAGGAGGAGGCUGCUGCUAGUGCUAAAGCUGCGGAGGGCAAAGAUCUUGACAAAGCUCUCGAAAUCGUCUCCAGCUUUCUCCAUGCUGCUGCUGCCAAGCGAGGCAGCGACGACACAGACUCUCCAGAAGCGCUCGCUUUCGAAGGUGGCUUGUUGAUGAUCUACCAAGGCAACUCGGCCUCGACUAGUGCACUCAAGAGCUUGGUUGAAGGUAGCGACGAGAAGGUCCUCGAUACUCACAACGAGCCCGUCGAUUUCACCUGGUCUCAACUCAAAGAAGCCUCCUUGGCUGCUUCCGCUGUGAAGUUGGACAUCUCCGAGGCCGAGCCGGAAGAGGCUGAGCAAGUCCCUGAGACUGACCCUACCAUCGCCAACGCAAGCCUUACAGAACUGGAAGAAACUUCAGCCAUCCCACUGCAGUCAGCCACAAAUGGCCAGACCGAGCCCGAGCCUGCUGCCGCCGUUCCCGAGCAAGCUUCCACUGGCGAUGAGGCUGCCAACGCCGUCGCCGAAACAGCUGGAUCAUGGCAAGGAGAUGCAUCAUGGGUGCAAGUGCCGCGUGACCCUGCCGAGACAGACACCGGUCUUGAAGCCACCCCAGCAGCUCCCGCUCGCCAGAGCACCUGGCUGAAGAGGUCGAAGCUGCUCCCGAAGUCAAGCCAAUAA